CUCCGGUGUGCACUGUCAGACGGACGUGGUUGGGGACUUGAAAACAGUAGAUUGAUCAAUGACAAACAGGAAUUUAGCUUCGAAGAGGUUUAGCCUUGAAGAGGAGCUUUCGGGGAUUGUCGAGGACUAUGUAGGUGGAUCUUGUGGCCAACAUUUGUAAUCUACACAUGCAGUAGAUGAACCUACACAUAGUCUGACGGCUGCACUGUAACAAUGCCAGAGUCCUCUGUGGUCAAGGACUUCCGCUGCAGCUCCGUUGAAUGUAGAACACCCCCCGUGAGGCCGUUCAGCCAGUCGUCUCUGCCACUGCACAAAAAUUCCUACAUGCUCAGUACCUUCUGCACACAGCACAAUGUGCAAGAAUGUCUGUCACACAUCAAUCAGGAGGUGUCAUCACUGGGCCUCCCACCAGUUUGGACAGAGUCAGGUGGUGGCUCAGAGCUGAACAUUGUGGCUGUGCUUAAUUGCAUGUAUGACCUGAUUCAGUUGCAUCGCAGGGGCCUUAGAACAUUGGAAAACAUGGAAGUGGAGCAGCUUAAGUCCAGCAGCAAUGUGGACUUCUUGCAGCUCACCAGCACUCGUCUAAAGGAGCAGCUUGAACUUUCGAAAAGGGAAAACACAGGACUUCUAGAGAGAGAAAGACAGCUUCAGCUCAAAGUGAAGAGUUUGCAGAACUGCCUGAAGAAUGAAAAAGAAGAGGUGCAAAAACUUCAGAGCAUAAUUGCAAGCCGGGCCAGCCAGUACAAUCAUGAUAUGAAAAGGAAGGAAAGAGAAUUUAAUAAAUUGAAGGAGCGACUAAAUCAACUUCUGGCUGACAAAAAAGAGAGGAAACAAGCCAUUGACGUAUUAAACAGCAUCGGUAGAGCCGAUGGGAAAAGGAGCCUUUGGAAAACUGAAAAGACAGAGGCAAAGCAUGAGGGGGAUAUGUAUAAGACUCUGCUGAGCAACUAUGACACCAGACAGAGGGAGCUCAUGCAGGAAAAUGCAGAGUUAAGGAAAGUGUUGCAGCAGAUGAAAAAAGACAUGGUGUCCAUACUGAGCACAAGAAAACCGUCUGUAAAAGGCGACAAACAUGAACACAGUGGCAUACAGGCUACUUCAGAAGAGGAAGAGGAAGAGGUCUUUGACUCCACUAAGGAAAGCAUAGAUCUGUAUUGUGUACAUGCCCGGGAAAAACUGACCAACAGUAUUCGCCUCCAGUGGAGAAGACUCAAAAGCCACGUUGAAAGGCUAGACAGCCAAGUAUCUUUGGCUCAGAAUGUUGAGAGUAAAAGCAGCGAUGCUGUUCCUCGAGAGACUCAUGAAGAUGAGAUGAACAGACUAAAACUGGAGAUCCAGCAGUGCAAAGAUUUUAUUCAAACACAACAGCAGCUUCUACAGCAGCAGCUGGGCUCUCAAUAUGAUGAGGAAACAGCAUCACUGACGAAUGAAAGCUACAUGCCACAGGAGAAGGAGCGCCUCAGAGAGGAGUGGAAAACCUUGGAGGAGCAGAGAAAGAUCUUUGAAAGGGAGAGGAGGAACUUCACCGAAGCAGCAAUUAGACUGAGUCAUGAGAGGAAGGUCUUUGAAGAAGAUCGGGCAACAUGGUUGAAACAACAGUUUUUAAGUUUGAGUCCAUUUGGAGACUCAAAGAAACUCCCAUUGUCAAAGUCUACAAGUGCCUGUUUGAUGUCUGAAACAGAGGUGAGCACACCAUUGGCUUCAGAAAAGCCGACUGAAUGUCAUUCUGAUUCGGCCUCCCCUACACCCACAUCAGUCAUGUCACCUUCCACAGCCGAGCUGUGUCGCACAUUUUGCCUUAUCCCAGAAAACAGCUCAAAGAAACUAAAGAAAACUACUGAACACACUGAAGAACCAGGCACUCUCUGUGGAAAUGUUCCCAUCCAACGCAAACAGUGGUAUGACGGUCUAAGCAGCCACUUACUGACACAGGAGAAGAACACCUCUACAUGAAGCCAAUAAAUUUAAUCAUUUCAAGCUGAAAUUAUGUUAUUAUUCAGUGAUUAUGUAAGAUUUAGGAAAUGUCUGAUUGGCAGACAUCAACUGCCUGAAGAUAGAUUGCAAAUGAAUGAUCAUAAACAGUGUAAGCCAAACGUAUUCAGGUAGCUGCUGGUGUUUUUUUUUACUUUGUUUGACAGGAAGAAAAUUUAAUGUAAUUCUUUUUUUUAUUAGUUAGUUUUAACUCUAAGAGUAUGUAGUAAAUUAUUUAUGUCUAUGCUCUAAAUCUAAAUCUUGUCUUGGUAGCCAUGCUGGUUCCUAUGUGUAGCAGCUGAGUCUGAGGAAAGUUUUUUUUAUUUAUUAGUGCAGGUGUAUCUGAACGCGACGCAUGCCCUGCUUAUUGACUGAUGAUGCAGCUUAUGUUAGAUUGACUUUGAUGUCACAUCUAGUGAAGUUACUUUGUCAUUUCGAACGUGGCAGCUGUCAGAGUUUUAAAAGUCUAAAGUAUAUGUUAUUAUGUUGUAUGUUGAAUGUAUAAUGCUAUUAUGCAAAAUCUAACAAAUUACAUAACAUAGAACGU